AUGACCACUUUAUCGCACAGCGACUACACAAUAGCGUGGAUAUGCGCCUUGCCAGUAGAGGUCGCAGCGGCUGGCGCCAUGCUGGAUAAAAUUCACAGUCCGCUGCCAAAACCGUCCACAGAUCCGAAUGCCUACGAACUUGGCGAAUUAAACGGUCACUAUGUUGUCAUUGUUUGCCUGCCAUAUGGUGUGUACGGAACGGUGGCUGCCGCAAAUGUAGUGUCUCACAUGCGUGCUACCUAUCCACGGCUUCAAUAUGGACUGAUGGUGGGAAUUGGAGGCGGUGUUCCGGGCAAAAACCAUGACAUUCGACUAGGCGAUGUCGUGGUUAGCAAACCAGCUGAAGAGUACAGUGGAGUGAUACAGUAUGAUUAUGGCAAGGCGGUUCAAGGUGGGAAACUCGAGCGAACGGGCACCUUGAACAAACCACCGCACAGUCUUUUGAGCUAUAUGAAUCAGCUUGAGGCAAAACGAAUGAUGGGGAGUAAGAAUGAUGUUUCAAAAAUAGUGGAGGAAGUACUCGAACGAAACCCUGGCCUAAAAGAAAGAUUUUCGCCCCCAGAACAGCUUACAGACUUGCUUUUUGAAUCCUCUUAUCACCAUACUACCGGGGAAGGCACCUGUGAAAAUUGUGAUAAAGAACAAUUAGUCAAACGAAAACCACGAGAAACAAGGACACCUUAUAUUCACUACGGGUUAAUUGCAUCAGGAGAUCAGGUAAUAAAGGACUCAGAGACACGAGACCGCCUUGCGCAACAGCAUGGUAUACUCUGCUUUGAGAUGGAGGCAGCAGGUAUUAUGGACGAGCUUCCGACGCUUGUGAUUCGAGGAAUAUGCGACUAUUGCGAUUCCCAUAAGCAGAAACAGUGGCAAGGGUAUGCAGCAUUGACAGCGGCCGCUUAUGCAAAAUCGUUGUUAUCGAUUAUUCCAAUCAGCCGUCCGGAUAUUGACUUGAUGAAAAGUAAGAAUAUGCGGCACUGGAUGGUUUCGCUCUCACGAAAUCCCAACUUUGUCGGUCGCCACGAUGAAAUCACGAAACUGGAAGAACUUAUCACAAUGCAAUAUGGGCCCAAGAGGAUUGCAAUCACCGGAUUAGGAGGAGUAGGGAAGACCCAAGUGGCUCUGGAGCUAGCACACCGCAUACGAGAUCAAGAUGAGAAGUGCUCCAUCUUCUGGAUUCCUUGUACCAGCCAUGCAAUGAUUGAGCAGAGCUUCCUGCGUAUUGCACAGAAACUUGGAAUUCAUAAUGUGAAUCCGGCAGAGGUUAAAGAACAGGUUAAGAUAUAUCUCAGCUCUGAGCGUUCAGGAAAGUGGCUUCUGGUUUUUGAUAAUGCAGAUGAUGUAGAGAUGUGGUUUGCCCCUAGUGAUACAGCUCCACCUCUUGAAGAUUUUAUCCCUGAGAGUGAGCAAGGCCGUAUUUUAUUCACCUCCCGAAACCGAAAACUCGCUAUGAAGUUGGCACCAUUCCAUGUUGUUCCUAUUCCAGAUGUGGAUAAAGAAACCGCAGUCAAAAUCCUGGAAAAGACACUGGCACGCAAGGAGUUGCUUAGAGAUACUACCACAACCGCUGCUCUCCUUGAACAACUAGCCUUUCUCCCUUUAGCAAUUACGCAGGCGUCGGCAUACAUUCUUGAAAAUGGUUUAGAUCUGUCGAUGUACCUUGCACUUCUCCAAGAACAUGAACAAGAUGCUGUCGAACUCCUCAGCGAAGACUUUACAGAUCUAGGACGCUAUAAGGAUAUCCAGAACCCCGUGAUCACCACCUGGUUAAUAUCGUUCCAACAAAUCCAACAUCAAAAUCCGUUAGCUGCUGACUAUCUCUCUUUCAUCGCCUGCAUCGAUCCACGAAACAUUCCCCAAUCCCUGCUUCCUCAACCAACGUCCAAAAAGCAGAGAGUCGACGCUUUGGGGCUUUUAAAUGCAUAUUCGUUCAUAAAUUGUCAGGAGAGGGAUAUAGGUAUGCAUAGACUUGUGCAUAUUGCCACCCGAAACUGGCUCAGAAAGAAUGCGUUAUUUAAUCACUGGAUCCAGCUGGUGGCUAGACAUUUGGAAAAUGUGUUUCCAGAUAGUCACUACACAAAUCGAGGACUUUGGCAGCAGUACCUACCCCAUGCCUUAAUACUUGUCCAUGAAAACGAAUUUGUUGUACAAGAGGAAAACUACCUCGAUCUAAUUGAGAAUAUUGCAACUUGCCUUUUCAGUGACGGAAGAUAUCAAGAAGCAGAAGUUUUUUAUAGGAAGUUGAUGACAAUCAAUCAGGAGAAAGCUGGACCUCAAGAUCGCUCCACUCUGACUAGCAUGGCAAGUCUUGCAUCGACCUACCGGCAUCAGGGUCGAUGGAAUGAAGCUGAGGAGCUGGAGGUGCAAGUAAUGGAGACAUCCAGAGCAGUGCUAGGAGCUGAUCAUUCUGAUACUCUAAACAGUAUGGCGAACCUAGCAUCAACCUACUGGAAUCAGGGUCGAUGGAAUGAAUCUGAGAAGCUGGAUAUGCAAGUAAUGGAAAUGAGGACGACAAUGCUGGGAACUGAGCAUCCACUCACUCUAACCAGCAUGGCAAGUCUCGCAUUGACCUACCAGAAUCAAGGUCGAUGGAAUGAAGCUGAGGAGUUGUUUGUGCAAGUAAUGGAAAUAAGGAUGACAAUGCUGGGAGCUGAGCAUCUUGAUACUCUAAACACUAUGGCGAACCUAGCAUCAACCUACCUGAGUCAGGGGAGAUGGACGGAAGCUGAGAAGCUAGAUAUACAAGUAAUGGAGACAUUCAAGACAGUGUUGGGAGUUGAGCAUCCCGACACUCUAACCAUUAUGGCAAACCUUGCAUCAGCCUACCGGAGUCAGGGUCGAUACAAUGAAGCUGAGAAGCUAGAGGGGCAAGUAAUGGAGACAAGGAAGACAGUGCUGGGAGCUGAGCAUCCUGACACUCUAGCCAGCAUAGCUAAUCUGGCAUCAACCUACUGGAAUCAGGGUCGAUUGAGUGAAGCUGAGAAGCUAGAGAUACAAGUAAUGGAGAUAUCCAAGGCAGCGCUGGGAGUUGAUCAUCCUAAUACCCUCACCAGCAUGGCGAACCUUGCCUGUACUUGGAAAUCUCAAGGAAAACUUCAAAAUGCCUUGGCUCUGAUAAAACAAUGCGCUGACCUGCGCAACAGAGUGUUAGGACCUAACCACCCGCGUUCCAAGUCAACUUCUCUUGCUCUCGGGGAUUGGAUGGCUGAGAAUAAUGUAACGGCAGUCAAUCCAGCAAUGUAUUGA